AUGGAUCGUGAAAACGCGGUGAUUUGUGAUAGCCUUGGAUUAACGUCAAUUCCUUCGAUAAAAAGUUUUGGUGCAACGCCAAUCAAGUAUUUAUCCAUCACGGGCGACGCAAAGAACUUGAACAACAUCCCGAGGAUAGGCAGAAAUGAUUUCAAAGUAGCCUCUGCUGUAACCAGUUUUGCGAUAUCGUGGAGUCAGGUCCGGUCACUCGGAGCUGAAGCGUUCGCGGAAAUGCCUGGUCUGAAAACACUGGUUCUCUCUGACAAUGAGCUGCAGAGUCUUUCCGCUGCUACCUUCUCUGGUAUAACGAGUUUAAGGGAACUGGACCUAUCAGGAAACAAACUCUGUACAUUUGACGAGACUAUGUUCACACACAUUCCCAACAUAACCUUUCUUGUUAUGGGCGACAUGAACCUUCAAACGCUAAAGGAAACCUUCUUCGACAGUCUUAUGUCACUACGUGUUCUUAAACUAUAUUCCAACAACAUCAAAACCGUGCCGGAAAACCUCAUUGUGAAUCUGGCCAGCUUUUAA